CGCCUUGAAAGCGAACCACUUGCCGCCACUCUGCACUCACUCGUUUGCCCUUUCUAUCACAUUGACAAGGCCAUUACCGCUACUAUUAGCUCUACUAUUACAGCUAGCAAGCUAGAUGGAUACAUACAUUCGAAAGCCACACAAAUCCACAAAACAAAACCACAGAACGAUAUAGGUGAGCUCUUGUUUCCUCGGACGGGAACUAAACGAUGAGUGACACCCUCGAGAUUGCCGGCAAGGAGCCUGCGUUGAACCUUGAACGACAACACCACAACGAUGUCUAUCAAACGUGGAUGGCAUCCCGUGGGAGGGACCCAUCAGAGAUCCAGGAGGCAUUCCUGAAGCUGGCACGAAAUUCAACCAAUGCGCGUGUCAAAUGCGCCAUGAUAUUAGAGACAAAAAAAUCCGAGGUGUUCAUCAAGCCGAUGGGCUUUGUGGCGUUUGGACACGACGGAGACUUGGCCCGCAGCGUUUGCCUCCAUGAAGUUCGCAACAACCCGCCUCCUAGGACGCUCAGUAGGCAAUCGCUGAGACGGCUGAAACGGAAGCUCUUGGAAAGUGUGCAGAUGUUCUACGCGGCAGAUUGGCCAUUGCAGUUUUGCAUAGUGACAGACACGCAGUUUGAGAUCCGAAACGGCCAAAGGUUAAUGGAAGAAAUUCAGGCAGAUAUUGAGUUCUGCCCUGAAACGGGAGAGUACAAAGCUAAGCACUUUGAAUCCUUGAAGACCAUGUUGUCUGGUCUCUGCACGAAAUAUAAUGAGAUUGCCCCGAGGGACGCUAUCGGCAGUGAGCAGGAUGUACCUCGCGAGGAGGAAUCUCUCGAUGUCGGUCGACAACUUGAAAGUGAACUGAUCAACAUCGGUGGAGGUUGGCAGGAACUGAUAGAUAGCAGAGUUCCGCUUACAGGCAUGGACAUGCCAACGCCCGUGAGAAAUGAAGGCACUGUUGCAACAAAGAUCUUGGAUGUCUUGCGCAUGGAACAACGAAGAGUUCACUGUGCACUGGUGCUAACGAAAAGACAGGAGAACGAACAGAUCUCGCCAUUGGUCGUUGCAUCUUUUGGCACCAACGGCAAGCUUGCGACCACUCUUGGUCUGGCGGUGGUGCGCGAAAAGCCGCCUUUCAAACCGGUCAACAGGGGCCUCGGGCAAUACAGGAGAAAGCGCAUGGGGGAUGACCAGAUCUUUUACGCGGCCGACUCCAACGGCACCUGUUUUUGCAUUGUCACUGGGCACCAGUUCGAAAAGAGGAAGGCUACGCACCUGCUCCGAGAAAUGAAAGCUGGGUUCUCUCCAAAAUCCGGCCGCUGGGGCUUGAAAGCCAGCGAAGAAGAGCUGAUUGAGCUGUGCCGAAAGUACAACUCGAAAGGAUUCCAUUUGUCGGAGAAACACCAGACGACAAGAAAGAGGAGGAUGCAGUACCGCACGAUACGGAAUGUACCAACGAUACCCGAGGCCACCGACGAAGAAGCUGAUGUCGUCAAGGCAAAACAACCAGAAAGAAGCUUUGCAAACCAACUGACGACAACCGAGACACCCCAACCGCCACUGCCCAGAUCCCGAAGCAAGCAGCUCCAGGACUUUGCAAAGCUCGCCCAAUCGCAGACACAGAAUUUAGUACGGAAUCGACACCUUGCAUCUCGUGGUUUGUACCGCAACGGGAGCUUGGCGCCAUCCAUCACAAGCCUUGGUUCCAGAGACGACAUGCUCCCGUUUGGCUGGGAAACCGGAUCUGGAAACGACGCAUUGUUCAUCUGGGAGGGUCUACAACCCAUGGACCCCACACCAACCUUGUUUCCCUAUUAUGAGUCUGCUGGCACAAGCCUUCCUGGGCCAGGUUGUUCCACGGUACGGUCCAUGGGGACCAGCACGGCCAGGACUAGAAGCUGUGAGUUUAUCCAGUGGGCAAGGCACCGCUAAGCGCAAACAUCGUGGCAAUGCAUGUCUCUUGAAGUGUUGAAGCAUACGGUAACUACUAUUAAUAGAUACAUCAUUAAUCAACUUC